AAAAAAAAUCCUAGUUUUAACCUCCUUUGUAUUUCUUUAGCAUAAAAUAAAAGUAACAUCCAAAAGAAUGGGUGGUUUAUUGUGUAAAAAUAAAAGACACUAUACAAAAGCUUGAAAACUUAAUGAAUGCUUGCAUUUUGCUCAAUGUGGUUAUUGUUGGUAGUAGAGCUCAAGAUACCGCCGCCAAGGAGGUUGUUAAGGACGCCACCUUGAAUAAGAGCACCACCAGAGUUGGUACUGGCUGUAUUUCCGGAGCCUCCAGCAGAUUGGUUGAUGAUCUUGUCACCACCGGCUACCUUGCAGGAGUUGCAUUCGGUGUGGUGGUUAUUGUUGUUGCUGUUAUGGUUAUUAUUGUUGUUGUUGUCAUGGUUGUUGUUAUUGUUGUUGUCAUGAUCUCCCUUAUCGCCGCCAUUGCUUCCACCAUGGCCCUUACCGGGUUUACCAGGCUUGUCAUGAUCCUUGUCACCACCUUUACCGGGCUUGCCAUGAUCUUUAUCACCACCUUUACCAGGCUUGCCAUGAUCUUUAUCACCACCCUUUCCUGGCUUUCCAUGGUCAUUGUCACCACCUUUUCCGGGUUUACCAGGCUUUCCAUGACCCUUAUCACCGCCCUUACUGGGCUUUCCAGGCUUGCCAUGACCCUUAUCACCACCCUUCCCGGGCUUUCCGGGCUUGCCUCCGUGAUGACCACCACCAUGUCCUUUAUUUCCACCACUGGGAUGACCUACACUGCAAGAACGAGCUUCGACGGGAGCAGCAGCAACAGCAGUAGCAACGGAGAGAAUAGCAACGAUUGUAGUAAAUUUCAUAUUUUUAAGGAACGGAACGAGUAACUAAAAGUAUUUGAAUUGAACUUUUUGAAGACAACAUAGAAUAAGCUACCCUCUUUUUAUAUCAACCAAGUGCAGGAGAGAUGUAACCUCAAAAAAGGGAGUUGAC